UUCCUGUCUGAGGAAAUCCGAGGCACAGAUUUAUUGUCCUCCUCCUCCCUGGAACUCCGACUUUUACAGCACGCUCUCGAGUCGACCAGGUCAGCCUGCGCUUCUAACCACCGUCACGAUGCGGCCCAGACUUGCUCUUCUCCGCCGGGUGCUUGCCCGGAAACUCCAGUCGCCGCCGUUGCGAAGCUUUGCGGGAACCUCGAUCCACCGAACGCGACCACAGCUCCCUUUCCUUUCGGUGCCUACCAGAACACGCGCCCCCCAUCAGUUCCGCUACCUGACAACGGAGCGCAAGGCCCGACUCAGAUAUGAAAUCAAGCUUGGAAUUAAAUACACGUCGUACCUCUGGCUUGCUGCCGGCGCCGUUCUCGCUGCAGGCUUUGCCAUCUCCCAGGAAUCGCUCGAGCGGCAGUAUCCCACUCCCCACGAAUGGAGCUUCCUGACGCGCAUGCGGUUCCGUGGCGCCUUUUGUACGCGCGAUCAGACCAAUCCGCACCGCGCCACCGACUGGGUUGCUGUUAUGCAGUGGAUCAAAGGCUCGGUUGAGAGGCUGGAGAAUCCAAGCAUCGACGGCAAGGGUGUGCGCGAUGCCCCGUCAAACAGGCCUCAUGGCACAAAGGAUAUCGGUGCCAUGCCCGAAUCUUGGAGGAGGGGUUAUUACGAGACCAUGAUGAUCUACGCCAAAGCAGCUGAGCACUGCGAGGGUUGGGUGAUAGAUAAGACGAGGAAUAUGAUCUUCCCUCCGGGGGUGAUGAUCGGACCGUCGAACCUCCGGCCAAGACCCCUUCCAGCAGGGUUCCAUGGAGCGCCCAAGGAGGAGAACUGCGAGUUCCCAUUCGAGACACCUGAUGAUAUCUACUUGAGGAUCAUAUCAACCGAGGGCCUAACCAACCGCCAAAGAAUGGAUGCGAGCUUAGCGUAUGCUUCUUGGCUGGAAUUCAAGGGCAUCGCAGGGCCCGCCGGCAUUAUGUACGAGGAUGCCGUUCAGUUGGCGCUCUCGGAACUACCAUCGGCACCAACUGAGCCUCUAGAUCGCAAGACGUGGACUCUGAAAGAAGAUGCCGGCGAGCCGUCGGCAAACUUGCUCACGGCGCUCACGGCAUACGCAACCUACAGGGCACGACAAGGAGACGUCUCAUCGGCCCUCCCUAUUUUCGUCUCCAUCCUGAAAGCCCGCCGAAGUCUUCCCACCCUCGCUGACUCGGCCUCAAACCAACUAUGGGCACCACGGCGGGACACACCACCAGCAACCGCCACCGGCGCGGUAUCGGGCCUUGGCAAGUCCAUUAUCAGCUUCUUCGGGCCGCCUCCCUACCCAUCGCCUCCGGACGACGGCGUCGCCCCGCCCAUCAGAGACGCCAAGGAGCUGUGCGAGGAAGCCGCUCUGAGUCUGCACAUUGGCGAGAUCAUGUACACGGCGCCGAACGGCACUAGCAGAGAGGAGGGCCUAAGCUGGACCAGGGAGGCUGUCGACGUGACCGAGGAGCAGCUGCACAAGCUCACCUCGUCUGCCGCGGAUAAACCAGCUUCCAGGACAUGUCGGGAUUGCCUGUCGUCGGGCCUGCAGAACUGGUCCACGAUGGUAGCACAGCUGGCACGCGACGAGGCUGCCAAGACGGAAGCCGCUAAGGCUAAGAAGAGUAGUUCCACUUGGCUCAGUCUGUGGGGCUCCGAGACCGAGACCAAGAAGGAGGACACCAGCCGCUGGGCCGCCGAGGAAAAGGUCAUCCAGGAGCGUGAGAGGCGAGCAAAGGAUCUGCUCGACGAGCUGCGGCCGCCUGGCGCUGGGCUGGCUUCCCUUUUCACCGCUUAGUGCAUGGUGUUGUUUGUAUAUAUAUGUACACAACCCACGCAUGCUCAUUUAACAGAGACUCUCACCGACGUGGGCCGAAAUAAUGGCAUAGGGACGAACGCUCGUUUCACACCCGGGAACAAUCUCCGGUUGUAUAUGAUGUAACAGGUUAGCAUACCAGUUUGUAAAGAUACUAGUAUCAAGGGGAACGAAUACAUAUGUAGCUCAGUGUAUGAGAAAUUUCAUUCCUCUUGUA